CACUGCUUUCCUGUUUCGAAUUUUAUUUGCGCCGCGUUUUGUCGUGAAUUUUUGGGAAUUUAUAUUAAUAUCAAUUAAUAUUAGUUAAUAUUAAAGUCUUUUCAAUGCGACGUUCCAAGGCGCCUUCAAUGCGCCUGGCCGCCAAGCGAGAAUCUGGAAAUCCCCAUCCCUCAGAGCAACAAGAAGAACCGCCGUGCUCAUGGCCUAGCAACUCUCCCCAGAUGGCAUGGGGUUCCUCCAAGAGCUAUGAAAGCCUAGGUCUCCGAGAACUAAAGCCUGGUGAAAACCCGCUCAGAGGCAGCCGCAUUUACCAUGUGCUCUGGCGGAAUCAAACCACCAAGAAACACAAGACCUGGACUGGCAACGGAACACUUGUGGUCACCGGAUCAAAGAUGACUCUAAAGGAUGAUUCGGGCCUGGUUGUUGACACUGCAACGUGCUUCAAGCCGCGACAGAUCAAGGAAAACGAUCAACUGCAGAUCGGCAGCAGGGAUGUAGAGGUCCAGGAGGAGUUCCAGAACGUUGAGGAGUGCGCGGCGCACCGCAAGCUGGAGAUUGCGAAUUGGUGCAAGAAGAUAGACACACAAAAUGGCCAUGUGGGCGACACUGAGUCACCUCCGGUGGUCAAUUUACCUUUUAGAUCACAUGUGCUCAAGAAGAGGAUGCGCCAGGGAAGUCCCACAGAGGUCGAAGAGGACUUCAAAACCGUCGGGGAGUGUCCGGCCCAACGCAAAAAAGAAAUUCCAAGCUGGAGCCAGGAAACCAAUCCCACUUCGCCACCGUCAUAUCAGAGUAUUAGCUGGGAAAGUCCGUCAGAGCCAGUGAAUCCAUUACCUCCUGCGUCAUUUACUCCGGUUGAAUAUUUGUGCCUUCUUGCUCCAGCCCAGCUUCAGGAGAAAAUACUACACUUCUUAGCUGCACAUAGUCAUGGUCAGGAACAAUCUGUAGUCUUGGACAUGGUCCAUGAGAUCUGUGACCAUCCUGUGCUGCUAAAAACCAGAGUCAACCAACCUGAUAGCUUAGAGCUGAUGCAAAUGCUCAAGCCUCGUUUGCCGCCAUGGACGGAAAUGGGUCUGUACGACUCGGCCAAGUUCGAGUUUGUGCAUUUAAUGCUGGACGAUCUGGUUGUGGAGCGGGGAGAGAAAUGCUGCAUUGUGGCCAAUAGUCAGGACUGCUUGCGCCUGGUAAUGGGAUACUGCGAAAACUGGGAUAUAUCACACGUACAGCUGAAUGAUGCGGAUCAAGUAUCUUCGUUUAACCAAGAAGGGAAACCUGGGUCACCCAUGGUUGCCUUGGCACUGACAAGCCAACUGCCAGGGAUCCGAUCUCUCCGCUGCAAAUACCUUAUUAUUUAUAACCACAAUGCUAGGCGGCAGGCAACUAAUAAUCAUUUCCUGGCAGCUGAGACGAAAAUAUAUACAUUGGUUACAUCUGGUGGUUCUCCAGAGGAGCAGGAGUUUUAUAGAAGUUUAGGUGUCCAUCCUGGAGAUGCGACGGAUGACCUUGAAAGCUACAGGUGUGCGGAGCCGCCAUAUACCAAAGAGUUUUUGCAAGAGGCUUGUAUUUCUGAUAGCCUGGAAAGCCUACAACGUAUUUAUUUAACCAAAAAUGAGACAUAAGUGUAAUAAGGA